GGCGGCAAUAUGGACAUUCUCCAGUUUUGCGACACUAUGUUCCCUCAGCCGGCGGAUCGAGCCAACUACAGCUACCCCGAGGAUGGCCUCCUCCUCCAGGCCUAUGGCGUCGUCCAGGAUGCCGAGAUCCGCAACCCCCAGCAUCUUGACAUCCACAACGAGAGAUGCCUGCUUGUGGUGAAGAAUCGGCGGACCACGGGGACCACCGCUGGCCGCGUCAACGGUCUCGAGUCAUUCGUCCGUCACUACGACGACAACAUCCAGCAUGCUUCGACCUCGAUCGCUGUCUACCACUACGGCAAGGACCACGGCACGUUUUCUGAAGCGGGUGAUUCUGGGGCCAUCGUCCUUGCUAGGGAUGGCCUCCUUGCUGGC